GACUGCGACCGCAGCUUAACUAUGCGGUAGAGGGCUUUUAAUAUGUUUUCAUUUUAUUUCAUGAAAAUGUCUGUACAUUUUUAAACUUUACGAAGUCGGAUAUAUAAGCUACGUAAUUUUUUAUUUGCAAAAUAAUCUGUUCCAAGAAAUGUCUUGACGAUGGUCCGAUCUUCAAUGUGUGCAGCUGCAACAAAUAUCUUUGUUAUUGUUGUGACAGGUUAUCAAGUGCUCUGUGCAGCGAAGCAAUUUUAGCACCUAGAAUUUAGCUGAAACCAUUGGACAGAAUGGCGGAUACCCAUCUAUUUGAAAUAGAUGGCAGUGUCUUGGAAGGAGGAGGACAGAUCCUACGGAUGGCAUUGUGCUUUAGCGUGCUUACCAAGACGCCGGUACGCAUCCGUAACAUCCGCCAAGGGCGCAAGAAACCGGGACUGGCAGCGCAACAUCUAGCUGGGGUAGAGCUGAUGCGAGAUAUUUGUCAAGGCAGGUUAUACAAAGCGUGUCUCGGAUCGACCGAGAUUGAGUUUUACCCUGGACAUAUUGAGCACGGGCGAUUUGUCGGUCACAUUCAAACUGCAGGAAGCAUUACCUUGCUCCUUCAAGCUACACUACCCGUUGCUAUCUUCAGCUCCGGUCCAGUCACGCUAGAUUUGCGUGGAGGUACAAACACGGAUCUUGCUCCGCAGGUGGAUUUCUUGACGGAAAUAUUUCGGCCCAAUAUGGAACGAUUCGGUGCCAGCUUCGAUUUCGACUUGAUUCGGCGGGGCUAUUUUCCGAAAGGCGGUGGACAAUGUGUGAUAGAAGUAAGACCAGUACAAUCAUUAAGGCCCGUCACUAUGGUUGAUGUGGGCUCUGUUACCAGGUUCUUUGGAUGGAGCUAUGUCGCCGGUGUGCUUCCGUUGAAGAUUGCACACGAAAUGUCUAGCGGUGCUAAAUCGAUCCUCAACCAAAUUGCCAACAGUAGGGCAGAUAUAGAAGUCUACAAAGAAAGUAUGGACAUGGCACCGGAAGGCAAUUGCUCCGGUAUCAUUAUUGGCUGUGAAACGAGCACUGGAGCCAUUCUUGGCGGUUCGGCACUUGGAGAAGCCAGGAAGAAAGGUUUCCAGAGCGGGGAGGAAGCAGCUCACGAGAUCCAAAGCGCCAUCUCCGUUGGUGCCUGUAUAGAUCGACACGUGCAAGAUAUGAUGAUCAUUUUGAUGGCAUUGGCUGACGGGACGAGCCGCAUCCGGACGGAACCGUUGACCAUGCAUACCAAAACGGCAAUCUAUGUGACGGAGCUGAUGACAAAGGCCAAAUUUAACAUCAUAGAAGGAAAUGGCAGUGCUAUCAUCGAAUGUGUUGGCAUUGGACUGCGUAAUAUAAAUCUUCCAAAAAAUACCACGUCAUACUGAGGAUCGGAGCGCAUUGGAGUGAAUUCUUAGUCUUGGACGCGUUCGGUAACUGCGCAACCAUCAUCCACUUGUCGAAAACUCUCCGCAGCGAAGGAGCAGCAGCAGCAGCAGUGUACGAGAGUGCGCCGCGCGCAGAUGGAAGCAGUACGCACCGACCGGACUGGAUGGUGGAUGGUGUAAGAAGGGAGCCGCCGGUGGACGGAAUUCGGCGUGCGGCGCGCGCAUCCGUCGGCCGAACAGCGCGCAGCAGCCAACAGUACACAGUGCCUGGCUCAUGGCUUUGAGAAAACAUCAAAUACACAGGCUACCGGCGUUACGCGUUUUGUUUUCGGCCUGCGGUACAACAACGGGCAAAACCGGCACUGCUGGACCCAGCGGCCGCGUACGGUGCCAGUGAAUGGACGCGAACCGCGUGAAGAGGGUCAGGCGGGGGGGGGGGGAUGUGGAUGGGAGGAGGUUUGGGAGUUAGCGUGCGCGGGAUGGUGGUGUUUUGUGGCUGGGUGGGUGGACGUGAGUGGGGUUCCUAACCGUUCCAUUCCGUUCCGUUCGUUCGUUCGUUCGUUCGUUCGUUCGUUCUGUCUUUCGUACGCUUCUCUUGCCAAGCUCUCGCUGCCAUGGCAAUAGGCCAUGAGCCAGAGCGAGUUUUCGCUGCGUGUAUGUGUGGGGAGGGGGCCGUCUUGGAUGUACACGAAACGUACACAGAAUCGGAACGAGGAAACCCUCGUCUGGAUGGAUGCACAAGCGAUCGUGCGCUCGAGCGAGAUCGGGAUGCUGCUGGAGAGUAAUGUGUUGGCGUUGUUGGGAGCGGUGGAUGGGGGACGAACCAAGCAGAAAUGAAUACCAAAAUACUCAACCAGGCAGCAUACACACACAGAAAAAAAGAAGAAAAAAAACACACACACACAUAACGCAGAUACACACACCCAAAUGGGGAGGAACACACAUAAAUGGGGUUGUUUAACAUAAGGCCAUGAAGAGAAGCCUUGCUUCAUCGCUUCGAUCGAGUGGAAGGCGACGAUUUUGUUUUGUUGAAGGUGUUUAGCUGCAUGGAUGGGAAGGUGGCGGAGCAUCCAUCUAUCGGGUUCGGAUGGAAAUUAGGGUUUUUUUUGCUUCUCUCUCUCUCUCUCUCUCCGCUUAGGAUUACCAGUCCACCGGAGUGGAAGGGUGUAUUCCGUAAUCGUGCGUAGUUUAUUUAAGACAUCUGAAGCCGAUUUGAAAUUGGUUUAGAAAGCAGUAUUAUGUAGCAUUAUGGAAAAAAUGGCUGUUAUGGAUAUACAACCUACGAUACAGCACUCAAGUCUGUUGGAGUGAUUUUGAUUUUUUUUCAAUGGAAUAGUCACAGCAAUCGGUUGAUGGGGUAUAUUGUUAUGUACUUGGUAAAAGUAGUAACAAACUAGUAUGCAAGCCAUAAUGGAAAACCCAGCAACUCAGUGUCGAGGUAGAACGCACCCUUACGACAAACAGAUCACAGAUUGCCAGUGUACCUGACAGGCGUGCUGGGAUCGUACACGGGAAGAGAGAAAUAAAAAGAUUAUCAACGAAGCGCGGCACUCUCGGGGAGCACGCGUGCACGAUCGUGGCAAGCAACAACAGCGAGCGAGCGAGCGAGCGAGCAAGCAGGACGAUCACGGGCGGUGCCGAGAUUAUUGGCGCGCUCGGACGGCCAACAACCGUUUGCCAACGGCAGCAGCAGCAGCCACAGCAGGAGCCAAAGUAGUAGCGAAAACAACCAGCGCGCACACACAUUCAUCGGCCAUCAUAAUUUUGUGCGCGUCGUUCCGCCCCGCUCGUUGUCGUCGCGGCCCUAUCCUACCGAUCUUGAAAGCAGCAUCGGGUGCGUGGAUGGGCGCGGGGACAGGCUGGGGUUGGGGGAGGGUGGGAGGAGGCGUUGCGAGGGAAAGAGUCCCGGAGAUUGGCGCGCGACGCAUGCUCGGCGCAACCGCAGUCGAUCGCCGCCGUCACACUCUGGGGGGAAGCGGGUUUUUCGAAGCCCGGUAGCACUGUACUGUGAUCCGACUGCGUCAGAGGUCGGUCUGCUCGAUCGCUACCAAAUCCUCCUUCACUACGCGUGGAUCCACACUACGCUUACUCUCACACACACACACACACACACACACACACACACAUUCUUCUCGUCUGUACGGGUCCCAAGAUUUCGAAGGCAACGCCGAUUCCGAGCAAUCGUCGGAAGUGGAAACGUGCAUCCCGUCGUUCUCCCGUCGUCGCAUCCCCCGAUUCCCCCUCCCUCCUCGUACCCCGUAAGCCAAAACUUGUCCGAGGGCUCUCUUUCUCUCUCUCCCUUUUUUCGUUCUCUCUCUCUCUCUCUCUCUCUCUCUCUCUCUCUCUCUCUCUCUCUCUCUCUCUCUCUCUCUCUGUGUAUCUCGUGUGUUGUGAAGUUCGAACUAAUUCUUUCUUUGCCCCUUCUUCAAGUCGACCACUCCACCACGCCACGCGUACGUACAUAUCCCGCCAAGCUGCAUACGUGUCAGUGCAAGCCGCGCGCCACUGCUACCGCCACAGCCGGGGCCCUUUUGGGCGUCGAUUGUUGACUUUUCGAGACACAAUCGACGAUUCUGUUCUAUUGCAACUGCUACCGAAUCUGAUUGUAUCCGGGUGCGUGUGCGUGUGCAUAGUGCUGACCACGAACAAGCCCCGAACGAACCACACCAACCAAAGCUCGGUUAAUCAACCCGUUGCCGGGAAAUGACACGUUCACACUUCAGGAGAAUGAUUAUGAGCGCUGCACUAGAAACAUGAUUGAUUGGAGAGUUGGAUCACUUAAGUAUUCCCAACGUGCGCGGCCCCUCGGAGGAAACACGCGGCCUUACCAAUUUGACUGAUCGUUCGGGCAAUAGGUGCUGAUUUUUCCCCCUUCAUUUGGAAUUAAAUUUGUUUUUCAACUAACUUGCACACUUGCAACUUAAAAAGUUGUUUUAAUUAGCUUUAGCAACCCUAUCCCCGCGAAUGAUCACACCACUCCGCGGAUGUCUUCGGGAUACGUUUACUGCAUAUUUCGGAAAUAAAUUACAAAUAUUAAAAAAAAACA